CACAAGCGCAAUCGCCAAUGCGCCCUCUAGUCCUCACUCCUGAAGUUCCGUUCGAAGAGCAACAAGAUGGCGGCGCUCACGAGGCAUGGUUUUCUCCUGAAUUCAGUCCGAAAUACUCCGGCUAUUCUCACCACGUACACGUCCACCACUGUACGCCGAGAUAUCCUUCGUUACAAGACCAACUGGAGCAAGACCGUCAAAGUGCAGAGCUUCGAGAAUACAAGCAAGUCCCUUGCCGCAAGAGGAUUCUUACGGCCAUUAAAACCCUACGAGGUACCUGCUGACGUUUCCGAACGAUUUAUCAAAGUUUGCCAGGUCGAAGGCUUCUCCACUGAUGACAACACUACGAUUGAAGAUCCCGUGUCGCGAUUCAAACUUUUCGUCGCCUGUGAGAAAGAAUUCAAACACUCCUUGCCAAAUUCAAUGCUGGUUGACAUUGAGACUAUUGGGCAAUUAAGGAAUUUUUACGAGACACCUGUAAGCACUACAACACCUCUGGAAGCAUUGGCCAGAGUAAAAUUGCCAAAGAAUCUACACAUUCAACUGAAUUAUCAUAGAUUUCAUCCUGAAACUGACACAAUGUUUGGUGGGAAAACUGCUUUUCCAAAGAGUUCCACUCUCGUUACUGGUCUCACAUACAAGAAAAAGUAUCGUGGCCACAUACAAAAGACCAGCUUCCCUUGAAGGUUUCUUCGAAUAUUCCGGUUAACCCAUUUUCAGUCUCGUGUAUCUGAUCAAUAAACGAUAAUAGAAGUACUACAA